UUUAACAACGGCCUCCUCUCCCUCCCACAGUGAAACUGAAGCUGCUUUUUCCUGUAACAGUUGAAUGACUGCUUCUCUUUCUACCUUUCCCUCUCCCCCUCUUUCAUCUAGGGACUUCCUCUGAAAUAAGCCCAGGCAGUUUAUUCUUCUAUCUGCAAAAAGGGAAAGGAUGAUCACUUUUUGGAAGAAAUAGGCAAGGUGCAAGGGAAGCGACAUGUUGGAAGAGAGAACUUUGUUGCCAGAGAGCACAGAGGAAGCAGGAAGUUUAGUGAGCAAAGCUCAGGGGUCAGGUAACCAUCCUCGGGUCACUUUUAACGCUCCGGAGAAAUCAGAAGAGGAGCCACCCCAUAGAAAGUUAGCCAAGUUAACAGUCAAAUAUAACCGAAAAGAUCUUCAAAGGUGGCUAGACCUGGAGGAGUGGAUUGACACCCAACUGCAGAAGCUGUAUCCAUAUCAGGAGGAAGAGGAGGAGACAGAUGCAACAGCAGCCCCUGAACCAGAGAUUGACAUUGAAGAUCUUCUUGACAUCUCAAACGAGGAGCAGAAAUCAAAAUUACAGGGAAUACUUCAUGAGUGUUCCAGACCUACAGAGGACUUUGUCGCAGAACUGCUCAGUCGGCUGAAAGGUCUCAGGAAGGUGGCCAAUCCUCAGAAGAAAUGACUCAACAGGACAAACAAACCCCACAAAAUGCUUUAUUUUACUGAAGAGAACUCUCAAUAGAAAUGGAAAUCCAGCAACGUUGCUUGAUAAGAUGCCUCCAUAUUUUAAAGAAUCCACCAUUGUGCUUCCCUUUUGGAUUUCCACUUGCUAGCAAUGGUCUAUGUGUGAGGUAGAGGCUAUAGCUUAGUGGUACAUCAGAUGCCUGUCCUGUCCAAAGUCCCCAUUCAGUUCCACCUGAACAUUUCUAGCUGGUAAUCAUGGCACAGUGUGUGGAGUUCUGGAAAGCUAUUGCAUAGCAUCAAAGCAGAAUAUGGUGUAAAACACACUAAUGGUUAGACUAAUUGUGGAGUUCCAAACAACAUAUUGAAGACCACACCUUGUCAACAAGGUCUGGAUCACUGUGGCCCUUCAAUAAUUUUGGCCUACAACUCCUCUCAGUCCUAGACAGCAUAGCAUUGGUAAGAGACUGUGAGAAAUAUAGUCCAAUAAAAUAGGAAAAUGUUGGUUAUUCCCAAAUAGUA